AUGUCGUCUCCAACCAAAGAUGGCCCGGAAACCGCACCAAUCCGCUCCAUGCUCGACACGGACCUCUACAAGCUCACUAUGCAACAAGCCGUUCUCCAACACUACCCCUCCACCCGUGUAGCAUACAAAUUCACCAAUCGAUCCGCCUCCACGAUGAAGUUCACCCGCGCUUCCAUCCAACUUGUCCGUACCCAUAUCUCCAACCUUUCCUCGCUUGCACUCACCCCUGCCGAGCGGAAAUGGCUCGAAGAAACCUGCCCAUAUCUUCGUCCCGAGUAUUUGGACUACCUUGAAAAGUAUCGUUUUCAACCCGAAACUCAGGUCAAGCUUGAUUUUAUCCCGAGUACUACCGAUGCUGAGGGGACAGAGUGGGGAGACUUGGCCAUUAGAGUGCAAGGGAAUUGGGCACAAGUUAUUUUCUACGAAGUUCCACUCAUGGCCAUUGUUUCUCAAGUGUAUUUCUCCACUGUGGACACCUGGUGGACGCUAGAAGGGCAGUAUGAGAAGGCGAGGCGCAAAGCGCAGAGGCUCAAGGCGAAUGGGAUCAGGUAUUCAGAGUUUGGCACUAGGAGGAGAAGAUCCUACCAGACGCACAAAAGCGUGCUUGAGGCACUUAUCGCUGGAGACGCCUCCUCUUCCGCCACCCCCAACCCCAACGAUGGAAAGCUACUCGGCACCAGUAAUGUCCAUUUCGCACACCUCUUCUCCCUAGUGCCCAUCGGAACGGUCGCUCAUGAAUGGACAAUGGCAAUCGCCGCCCUCACUGGUUAUAGCCAGGUAAACCUCCACGCUCUUCAACUCUGGGACGCUGUCUACUCUCCUCCCGAUUUCAUCCCCAACAGCCCCAGCCACGACCUAACGAUCGCCCUAACGGACACCUUCAGCACCGCCGUAUUCUGGUCUGACCUCCUCACCCAUCCUGCCGGGAUCGAAAUUGCGAAACGUUGGCGCGGACUCCGACAAGAUUCGGGAGAUAGCAAAGCUUUCGCUCAAAAAGCCCUCACCGCGUAUAAAUCGAUCGGCGUGGAUCCCAAGACAAAGGUGGUAAUCUACAGUGAUGGGCUAGACGUGGAUAGAUGUAUAGAAUUGGCCGAGUAUAGUAAAGAGAUUGGAAUCGGGGCUGGCUUUGGUGUCGGUACGAGCUUCACAAAUGAUUUUGAAACCGAGGCCGGAAAUGGCGAGAAGAGUAAACCACUGAAUAUAGUUAUCAAGCUGGAUUCAGUCGAGGAUAGAGCAGUGGUGAAGAUCAGCGAUGAUUUGACAAAGAAUACCGGUGAUCCGACUGAAGUUGCUGCUGUGAAAAGGAGGUUCGGUAUUCCAACGGGCAAGAAUGUUGCGAGUGGGGAGGUGAUUAAAAAUAUCGCCCUUGCAGAAGCGAGUGAGAUAGAGGUCGAGGAUGCCUAA